UUAAUAUGUAGUUCCGGAAGAAAGCUUUGAGAAGAACGUUACGUAACGCUCAUAGAAAUAUGACUAUGUUGACGUGGAUUGAUCUAAUAAUAUUUUGGGCAACAUUUUGAAAUUAGAUUCUAGGAUAACCCUUUAAAAAUUUAUUAAACGAUUUAAACGUUUUUAAAAGGGGGAGACUUCACGUUAAUAUUUGAUUUUUUAUUUCUUUUAAUUGUUUUUUACCAUUGUGUAUUCAUUCCUUGUUAUGUUACAGUCCGUCCUUCCAUUUUCCAUAACGCUUAUCCUUACUGGGUUAUUAAUUAUAUAUCACGGGAAACCGUGAUAGUUAAAUGCAGUUUCUACACGGACGCGGAUAACAGACGGAGAUCACAUCGACACGGCAAUUGCAAGCAAGCGAUAUUUGAUCGGGGCGGCCAUGUUGUCCUUCCUGGGUUUACGUAAAGAUUCAAAGAAGUCAACAUCAGAGAGGGAAGCUGAUGGAGGCUUUGUGAUCAUUGGAGAAACGGUUGAAGAGCAGAGGCGGAAGAUGCAGUUGAUGAACAUUGCACAACCUUCAACAAAUGUUAUUGUAUUCCCAUCUAAGUCACCAUGUCAAGCUCCGGCUCGACCAAUGGAAACAACUUCAUGUACAUCUUCAUCUCCCACGAACCUGGGAGAGAAGUCCCCAAUAGUGGAGGCUGCCUCACCUGGCCCUGAUCUCCUUGGUGACAUCCCCUUCACUUUGGCACCUCAUGUUCAGGCAAUGCAGAGAGGGUUCUCUUAUAUUCCUGAUGUAUUGCUGUCCAUGGACAUGAACUCUAACCUAACAUAUUUUCAAUAUGACUUCACUUUAGAAAAGUCUGUCCUACAUAACUUUUAAACUUUUUAAACGUAGCAACUGAAAAUAAUAUUUUUGUGACUUUACUGCAUCCGCCACUAGCGAUUCAUUCAUUAUAUCGAUGUAUCGGUUUAUAUUCCUACGAUCCAACUCGAUCGAUCUGUGCUCGGCAAGUUAGCCUUCCGGACUUAAAUAUAUUGAUUGAAAAUCGUUUUGAAAGGUAAUCAAUCGAUUGUAUCUGGAUUCAAGCAGUGGAUUCUGGUUUCACCUUUAAUUGCAAAGCAAUACAAUCAACUUUUAUGAAGCAGAGUCAUAGCCCAUUAGAAAUCACAUACAGUACGGUGCACAAAAAUCAAAAAAAUUGCUCUGUCCUAACAACUUUUAUUCUCCACCACAAAUGUAUGUGAAUCAAUCAUCUAGCUUAGGUUGGCUUUCUUACACUGGUGCCACAUUUUCAUUUUUCAUGCAGUGAAAAUGAAAAGAUUUGGUUACCAUAAGGAAUCCUGCACAACAUGCAGCUGUAAUUUACAUUUCUCAUCAGUAUGUUUUUACUCUUAAGAAUAUGAAUAACCCACGCCACCCAUUGCCGCCGUGAUAUUAUCACACCGUCCUUUUUGUUUUCAGGUAUUCUCUCUUACAAAAGCGAGUGUGUGGUAAUUGCCAACUCAACCAUUUGUACUGCAUUUUUGCAAAUGAAACAAUGUCAUCUUAACCUACCGUGCCUUAGUGCGUACAGUUAAUAUAUUCUUGUAUUUUAUUGUCAUUUGGAGGCCAACUCGUCUCUGAUUUAUUAGGUGCAGCUGAUGUGGUUCUCGGUCACAUUGUGUGAGUGACGUUUAGCAGCAAUGGCUAAUACAACUUAGCAGUUUUGACGAUAUGAAAUAAUUGUGACUCUACCUAUUUUCUCAAAGGUUAAAAGCACCCCCAUAAAGUACUCGACCCACUGCAGAUUUGGAUUUACUCCCCGCAUUUACGGUUAAAUGUCUUUACUUUCUACCCUUCUACUUUUGUCACAUUGAGCUUGGUAUGUACUAAAAAAGAUGCAAAUAGAGAGCGCUAAAGGCAACUGGGGUUGACAGAGAUGCCAGCCUCCGCUGUAAAAAAAAUCUUGUUAGUCAAACCUCCCUCCUCGGAGUUGGGAAUCAAGUGCAGUAACUGCUGCAACUCACUUCCGAUUUCAUUUCUCUGUUACUCCGUUCACAAUGUUAGCGAAGCUAUAACGUGAACGGCUCUUAAAACAUGAAGUGACGUUGUCUUUUUUGGUAUGAACACUGAUGUGAAUUAAUAAAACAGAGGAAAUA